GAUUUUCCAAAAUCUUUAAUUGAAUCAAUUGAACAACUCAAAAGUAUGCACAAUAAUGAUGUACUUAAAUUUAAAGGUGAACAAUUUAUUUUUGUACCCGAUAACAAAUUAUUCGUUUGUAUAACUACAGAACAAAAUCUAAGAUGUAUGAUUAAUUCAUCAGAUUUUUUUGCCGAUGGUACUUUUAAUUACGCGCCGAAACAUUAUAUUCAGCUCUAUACAUUUAAUUGUUUACAAAAUGGAUUUUAUAUACCCGUUGUUUAUUUUUUCUUGCCUGAUAAAUCUAAACAAACCUACAUUGACAUGUGGUUAUUUCUUCAAGAAUUAAGUGAAAAAUUAAUUUUCAAAAGACUUGUUAUUCAAAAGUUAUAUUUAGACUUUGAGAUAAGUGCUCAUGAAGCAUGUAGAGAGGUGUUCCCAAAUGUAGAAAUUCAAGCAUGUCGAUUUAAUUUAGGGCAGUGUUGGUGGCGAAAAGUAAAUAUGCUUAAAAUGUAUUAUUUCUUUAUAAAAUGGUAAUAUUCAACGUAUUAACUUUACAGAUAAAUUCUGAACAGCGACUCUGAACAGCAUAUACAAAUGACGACGAGUUAGGAAAAUGGUUAAAACUAUUUUUCGGGUUGCCAUUUCUAUCACCACAUGAAAUCGAAAAUGCAUUCAUCGAACUUGUAUCUAUA